AUGGUUAAAAAGCUCUCGGCUUGUUUUGACGUUAAUGCAGGAACAGAACAGGGCCACCCCUUGAGCCCAGAACUCUUCAAAUGCUAUAUCUACGAACUCUCCCUCCAGAUUAACGCCCUACCCGGAGUGGAAAGUCCCCAACUCAACAACCAACAGAUUACUCACCUGCUUUGGGCGGACGAUCUGGUCUUGCUAGCCCUUAACAAGGUCAGUCUUCAGCUAAUGAUUGACCAACUCCACAUAUUUUGCACUAACUGGGGAUUGAUUGUUAACAUUAAGAAAACUGCGGUCAUCGUCUUCAAUCCCUCAGGAAGGCAGUUACUCGAGAGUAAAACAUUUACCUACGGCAGAAGUAUUGUAAUCCCCUCGGUCAAAAGCUACUGCUACCUAGGUACUCAUUUCACAAUAUGUGGCAGUAUGAAACUUAACCAAGAGCAGCUCAGGAUCAAAGGACUUCGAGCAUACUUCUCCCUGAAAAAGACGGUUGAUCUCUCCUCUAUUUCUAAAGAGGCUGUGUUCAAACUCUUCGAUGCCCUUAUACUUCCUGUCGUCUCAUACGGUAGCCAGGUGUGGCUCCCCUAUACCAACAUUCUCAACAACAUCUGCCAGAAGAAAACACAGUCUGACAAAGACACACUCAGUCAAUUAGCGAAUGACAGCAUCGAGCGCCUGCAUCUCUCGCUGCUAAAAUGGACGACUGGGGUCAACAAGAGAACUUCAAAUAUCCCGAUAUGGGGAGACACAGGAAGAUAUCCCCUUGGAAUACAACUGACUAAGCUCUUUCUUGACUUCCACAACAGGCUCGUCCUCCUUGACAGAAAAAACUCACCACAGAUUGUUCGCCAUGCUUUUGUAGAGCAAAGAAACCUAGAGCUGACCUUUGUUCCGAACAUCGAGAGCGCUGACCGACGCAUUUGA